CCCUUGCGAGGAUGGACUAGACUAACCCCCCCGCUUUCUUUUUCGCUCGCCUGUUUGCUUGCUUUUCCCCCGUCCCGCUCUGUUGGCCAGAAGCAAAAAAAGGGCAGAAAGCGGAUGGUGAAAGUCUGGCCGUCGCUCGCGCUCUCCUUUUCGCGUCUUUUUUCCCGGACGGCCGUUCCGUUGCAGCCUCCUUCGUCUUUCCUAGUUCCUGGCCUCUGCUCGCCCUUUGUUUCCCCAGAUUCAUCGCUCUCCGCCUUGGUCCUCGGGCCUAGUCGCUUUUUAGGUCGCUUUCGGGCUAGUCUCUCGCUGGCUGACCUCGACCUGCUCACCUCUCUCUCUCUUCCUCUACCCUCCAGAGUGUUGUUAUCGGCCCACCACUGAGCCCUUUCGGAUGCUGCAGCUCAUCCGCCAACGGUUCCAUCCGGUAUGCGAUCCCGCACAGGCUGUAAUUGAGAAACUGACUCUUCUGCCUUCUGGCACAACACCGCCGCAGCUUGACGU